GAUCACGCCGGCGAGACGGCGUCACGGUGCCACGGCGACGGCCAUAAUAGGAAAUCGAGAGAAAAACUCGAGCAAGCAAAGCUAAUCAAUCAAUCAUCCAACCCAGCCAGCGUGAUCAGUUUGACCGCUAAGAUUUGAGAUCAUAAUUCAUAAACAAACAGAGAGAACGAAAACGAAAUUACUACUAAUAUUGCACAUGGAUGAUGGAUUGCUCCAGCUUAGUUGGCGAGCGAGCUGUGUGGUGGUGGUGGUGGGUGAGUGGAGCUCGCGGAUCUCGCCAUGGCGGGCGGCGGCGGCGGCGGAGGGUGGUGGUGGGUGGAGCGGUACGGGCCGUGCGUGGGGAUGGUGAUGGUGCAGUGGUUCUACGCGGCGGUGGACAUGGCGCUCAAGGCGGCGUACGGGAUGGGGAUGCGCCCCAUCGUCUUCGUCGCCUACCGCCAGGGGAUCGCCGCCGCCACGCUCCUCCUCGCCUCGCUCGCCGCCAGGGGGUGGGACCUCCGCCGCCACAUGGCCGUCGGCGCCCCGGCGUUCGCCCUCCUCUUCGCCGCCUCCCUCGCCAGCGCGACGGGUCUGUACUUCUACUUCCUGGGGCUGCAGCUCGCGUCGCCGUCCAUGGCCAGGGCCACCACCAACCUCGCCCCCGGCAUUACCUUCGCCAUCGCCGCCGUAAUCGGGUUGGAGAAGGUGGAUUUGAGGAGUUCGAGGAGCUUGGCCAAGAUCGCCGGCACCGUCGUCUGCCUCGCCGGAGCGAUGGCCAUGGCGUUCUUCAAGGGGCCCAAGCUACUCGGCGCGGUUCUCGUCGCGGCGACCACCGAUGAUGACUGGGUGAAAGGAGGCAUCUACCUCAUCGGAAAUGCUUUCUGCGUCUCCAUUUGGUACAUCUUGCAGGUGCCGGUUUGCAGAUCGUACCUUGAUCCACUGUCUCUGGCAACAUGGAUGUGCUUCUUAGCGACCUUGCAAUGCGCCGUGAUGGCAUUCUUCCUAGAAUCAAACUACUUACAGAUUUGGAAACUAGCUUCGAUUUGGGAGCUCCCCUGCAUUUUAUAUGGAGGUGUUUUUGCCUCUGGCGCAAACUUCUUUCUCCAAUCCUGGUGCAUAUCAGUGAAAGGCCCCCUUUAUAGCGCAAUCUUUACACCACUGAGUGCUGUGAUUACAACAAUAUUAUCUACCAUCUUCCUUCAUGAGGAACUUCAUAUAGGAAGCAUAUUAGGUGCAAUUGCAAUCAUCAUUGGGUUGUACGUUGUGCUAUGGGGCAAAGCAGAUGAUGCAAAGAGUGAGGGGCUGACCAUCCUGUCAAAUGAUUCCAAAAGGAUAACUGAACCUGAAUGUACAGGCGUCAAAGUUGAAUGUGGAACCAAUCUUUCAGUACCACUGUUAUCUGAGUCCUUGACCAGACUGAAUGAACAAAUGGAUAAUCUGGCAAAAUGCUCAACAUGAUGCUUGACGAAGAAUCGAAGAUUGCUGGAGGUUGCUGUCAAAACUGAUAUAACCUUCCAUGUAAAAGGAAAAUACUGCCGUCAGCCUGUCACCGAUAGAGCAUUUCGUAGUUAAAACGGUCGAAUUCCUUGUUCAGGCCUCCUUUUGAAUCAGGGCUUUGUGGAGGAAUUUUGUAUGACUCAAAUGCUAUAAAAAAUUUCCUAUCAUUGUACCCAUCAAAAUCCUAUGAAAUUCUUUUGGAGUGGCUCAAUGUAUGGAGGUUUUGGAGGAAAAUUAGUAUGAGGUCAACCUCUUGGAAAAUUUCUUUUGAGUGUAUCUUCCUCAUGCAAUUAUUGUUCUUUUUUUUA